AUGGUGACGCUCGUAGUUUGACAUUGUCGUUACAGUUUGUCAGUCUUGUCAACCCUGUUGAGACCGUACAGUUUUGUCCUUCUAUUCACUCCUUAUCCUUAUCAAAGUCAAGAGUUUACGCAUCUGCACUGUCUUUGUGUGGAAUUUCGUCACAGCUUUCACGUAAAUCUUUCAUUCCUUAUUUCCGUAACUCUGGGGAAAAUUCUCACUGUUUACUCUGUGCUGGAGAAGAAAUUGAACGUCUGAUGCAUUUUUGCCCGUGCUUUCACUAAUUUUACUGACAGACUUUCCCCGAAAUCUCAAAUUUCCUCUUUAUUUCCCCUUCUCUGAUUGCUUAGGAAUCUCAGAGGCUCUGAUUUUCUGCUAACGUCCACUUGAUACUCAUAGUUCUACAUUGUCGUUAUUUCAGAGUAUGUCUGGUUCCACGGAUUUUCGACUACAAACCUCGAUAUUAUGUCACUCUUUUCUACUUGCCAGUACAAAUAAACAAGAUGCUGGUUACCUGACUGACUUAAUGGAUAGCACGGAUACUGAUCUUGCUUGUGUUCCCAAUGGACAAGAAAUUAUUGAAUCAUUGCUUCAGUUAGUCAGAGAUUUUAAUCAACGUUUCACUCGAACAAAUGAAAUAGAACCAGUUGCUGAAAGUUUGGGUAUUGAUUCAGAUAAACCGGUUGAUAAGACGUCUUUGGAAAUAUUCUAUCUUGAAAUAUUGAACGGGUUAUUUGAAAAAUUAAACUGGGGCCGUAUUGUAGCCAUGUUUGCAUUUUUGCGUAUAUUGGUUUUACGAUUAUCCAAACAUGGACACGGUGAUGCGAUAAAGAUACUUAUCAAAAUAACAAGUCAGUAUUCUGAUGAGAAGUUGAAGAAUUGGAUUAAUCUUCAUGAUGGUUGGUCUGGAUUAAUCGAAUUCAGUGGUCAUCAAUUUGUCAAUGAUGGUCAGGAACUAAUCUGGAAAACAUUACGUAACGUCGGUGGGUUUGCCACUGGAGCUGUUGGAGCAUUGGGUUUAGCUGCUCUUGUUGGUUAUAUUGCAAAUAAGAUUUAAUUCUAAAGCAUUAUAUUAGUAAAAAUAUUGAUUGGGCUUUCGUUUAUCAGUAAAUAUCACUAAGACCAUCACUACUACUGUUAAUCAUCUUUUUUUUUAAAUUACCAUUCAAGAGGGCAAUGAAUGCCUUUUUUUUUCUGUGCAUACAUCUUCAACACAUUGUUAUGUGAUUGGAAAAUUUUUAAAACUUUUUUCUUUGUUUCUUUUUCGAUGAGUUUAUCAUCAUCAUCAACAAUAAUAAUAAUAAUUAUUAUUAUUAUUAAUUGCUGUGCCUGACAUUUCAUCAUUUUGUGUUCAAUUUGUUUUUCAUACGUUGAAUCUUCAUCAUUUUACAUUAAUUGAAAAUAAUAAUUACAGGCUUAAUCAAUUAGCAUUUCAUAUAAAACAACACUGUAGAUAGUUGAAUAUAUAAUAAACUAACCAAUCUACUACUACCAUUUUCAUUAAACAAAUACUGUUUUUUUGUUUCAUUUUUAUGUUUUUUUUUGUGUUUAUAAGGAACAAAAUCUAUUUCCCUGUAUUUAAAUAUCCCUAUUUCCCUUGUUUCGUUUGUUUACAUUAUGUUGCUUUCUUUCUAAGUAACAUAUUUAUCUAGUCUUCAUUAUCUCUAACAUUAUCGAUAUCGUUUUGUUAGUUGAUUUUUUUUAGCGCCUGGUCUUUAUUACCUAUUUGAUUUGGUGUGUGUGUGUGUGUUGAACUAGGUGUAAUACAUACAUAAUACUGAAGUUUUCUUAAUGUAUGUACAACAACUGCGAAUACAUACGAUAGUGGUUUUUGUUAUUAUUUUGUUGUCUAUAUUCAUUUAUCUAUUGAAAUUCAGUUUUUUUGAGUUAAA